UGGAAUAGAUGUCUCUGCAAUGAAAGUUUUUGUAUCGCACGUUACAUCUUCCAUCAGUCUCGUCGCUGUUAUAAACAGAUAUUUAAAUAUUGAUAUUAUUUAACGAAAUUUAGUGAUACAUACAUACAAAUAUUGAAGCAUAUUUCGUGGUUUCAUUACAUUUCCUUGAGUGUUGUAUGAUAUGCCUCUUAUUUCACUUUCUUCUCUAUUUGUUUCAAGUACAUGUAUAAUUGAAUGCGUUGGCGGGAAAUAAGAAGGAAGAGUGUUUACAAGAAGUUGUUAGAUCUAUUUUGACUCAUUGUCAGUUUUAGUUCUGUUCAUUUAAUUGAUUACAAAUCAAGGUUUUCAAAGAACCAAUAAAUAAUUGAAAGAACCGAUGGCAGAACGGCUGGAAGACCUCAACUUACCAAAUGCGGUUGUAUCAAGAAUUAUAAAGGAAGCAUUGCCGGAAGGAGUCACAAUUGCUAAAGAUGCCAGAACCGCUGUAGCAAAGGCUGCAUCUAUUUUUAUACUGUAUUUAACAUCCUCUGCAAAUGUGAUUGCUAAAAAGGCAAACCAUAAAACGAUAAGCGGCCAAGAUGUUAUACAAGCGAUGAAUGACAUAGAAUUCGAUCAGUUCAUUGAUCCAUUGCAAGAGUCGUUAGAAAAUUACCGUAAAACUCAAAAGGAAAAGAAAAAUGCGACAUCAAAGAAAAAGCAACAGAAGAAAGAUGGGGAUGAUGUAGUAGAAGACGAAGAUGGAGGAAGGGAAGUUAUGGCCUUUUGAUACAUCUUAAACAUACAUAUGUGUAAAAAUAAGUAUAAAGAUUCAUACUAUUUUACAUGCUUAGUAUAUAAGACUAGAAGUUUGUCACAUUCUAUUUAUUAUUACUAAAUGCAAAGCAAAAUAUAUUAGUACAAAAAUAAUUAAAGCAUU